CCCUCUCUCUCUCUCUCUAUCUCUACCUCUACCUCUCAUUCACGAGAUCUCCCUCUUCUUUCAAAAAGCAAAUUAAUCUGAAGCUGUACUAUCUCUCAUCUUUGUUUAUCUCUAUGCCUACAUAUCUAGCUUGUCCUUUUCACUGCUUCUUUGUAUAUCUAUUUUGCUACUUCUGCACAACAUAGACCUAUUUGAGUUUUGUGCAAGCAAGGGUUGAAAAUUUGCUUCUUAUAAAAGAUCUUAUCCUACCCUCUUCCACCCAUCUUUAGAAAGUUUCUUUCUUUCUUUAUUUUCUCUCGGUAUUUUCCAUAUUGAUUCCCCAGCUUCUGAUAUCACCUAUCACCUUGACUUUUUUUUUUUUUUCUUUUUUUUAAUAUUUCAAAGUGCACAGAAACAUAAUCAAUCAGAAAAAGCAUUUAACUAUGGAUUCGAAUUCCCGUUAUCAUGUCCAACAGCACCAACCAAAUUCUGGGUUACUUCGCUUUCGGUCAGCACCUAGUCCAGUUCUUGCAAAUUUCAAACAAGGCGAAGGUGUUUCUAAUAAGGUUAACCCCUGGGAGGAUUCUGAACCAGAGAGGUUAGUUUUGAGGUUCUUGAAUUCCGGUGACAGCAGCAACGAUACAGAUACAGCUUCAGCUUCGGCUAGCUUACGAGAAUUCGUGCCUUGUAAUAAUAAAUCACCCAACGAAUCAUCAUCGUCACCACCUCUGAGUCGAAUGAAUUCCCAACAAGGGUAUAGUUCUUCUGGCAAACCCUCUCGCUAUCCGAGGCAUAACUCUAUUUCAACGGAUCCUCGUGGAAGCUUUAAUUCCCAUCUUCUUAGGCAGAGUAGCUUCCCUUCUGGCCAUUUCUCCAACAAUAUCUCCUUUCAGAAUGGGUAUGAUACUAUGAAAGGUGUUGGAAACUAUGGUGGGGUGAAUGGCAGUGAUGGUGAACUCAGUCUAUCUAUGAAUAGAUUGAAGAACCAAAUUAGCUUCUCGUCAAGAAGUCCUUCUUCCUUGGGAAUGUUAUCACAAUCACAAGACUCCAAAAUGGGGAGCGAGAGCAUAGGGGCAACUAGCCCUGAUGACCGGAGACAGGGAGGUAGCAAUGGUGAUUCUCAAUAUUAUAGUCCUGGAUUCCCUUAUGGUUCUUGGAAUGAGACAUCACACCUCUCAGAUAAACUCAUUGGCUCAAAAAGAGAGCGAAAUAUUAAUGAUAAGUUGCUUUCUGAUGCUCAGAAUGAAGAGCUAGGAAAUCAAGUUCAUACACUAUCACAUCACUUGAGUUUGCCAAGAGCAUCAUCGGAGAUGUUUGCUAUGGAGAAUUUUCUUCAGUUCCCAGAUUCUGUUCCUUGUAAAAUCAGAGCAAAGAGAGGCUUUGCUACUCAUCCUCGAAGCAUUGCCGAAAGGGUGAGAAGAACUCGGAUCAGUGAACGAAUGAGAAAAUUGCAAGAGCUUGUUCCAAACAUGGACAAGCAAACCAGCACAGCAGAAAUGUUGGACUUGGCUGUAGAGUAUAUUAAAGAUCUUCAGAAACAAUUCAAGACUCUGGGUGAAAAACGAGCUAAAUGCAAGUGUAUAAGCAUGCCAAAGUCAGACGAAACAGAUCAAAUUGCUUGAGUUUCUUUUGUACAGGCAAUAAAGUAAGUAGGCAAACAUGGAUAGGAUCGGUGCCUUAUAUUUUCAUGUGCUGAAAAAUAAGUUGAAAAAAGCUAAUAUGAGAUGCUAUUUUCUUUAUUGGGUGUUACACAGAAAGCCAACUUGUAGCUGUUCGCGACAACAUUAAGGUUAUAUAAGCUAGCGGGGGUUUCAAUCACACAGACAAUAAAUCAAAUAGUUUAUUUGUAAUUUUUGUAUACAAGAACUCUAAUGUAUUCAUUUUCACGUUAUGUUCUGUUUUCACCCCAUAGUUAUGAAAGUUU